AUGAUCCCGACGCUUUCCUCCUGCGCCUGGGACGACAUUGUCGACGCCCGUCGGGGCGAGGACCAGGUCCAGCGGAUGCAGCUCUACGUCAACGAGGACCGCGACGUCACCAAGCAGAUCGUCCAGCAGGCCGAGAAGCGCGGCUGCAAGGGCCUCUUCAUCACAGUGGACAAUCCCCAGGUCGGUCGGCGCGAGAAGGACCUGCGCGCCCGGCAGCGCGCGGCGAGCCGCGACGGGGAGGCGUGGCACCCCGAGGUGUACCAGGGGACGUCGACGUUUCUCGACUCGACGCUCUGCUGGGACGACGUGCCCUUGUUUCCAGAGCAUCACCAACGUGCCCAUCGUGCUCAAGGGCAUCCAGAGCGUCGAGGACGUCCUCCGGACCGCGGAGCACGGCGUCGCCGGCGUCGUGCUCUCGAACCACGGCGGGCGGCAGCUCGAGUUCGCGCGGCCGUCGCUCGAGGUCCUCGCCGAGACGACGCCGGUGCUGCGCGCGCGCGGGGCCUGCAGGACGGGAUUGACGUCUUUGUCGACGGAGGCGUGCGUCGGGGCACUGACAUUCUCAAGGCGCUGUGCCUGGGCGCCCGCGGCGUCGGCAUCGGGCGCGCCUGCUGUACCCCCUGGGCGCGUAUGGCCAGCCUGGCGUCGAGGGCGCCAUUCAGCUGCUCGGGGAGGAGCUGGAAGCGGGAAUGCGUCUCCUAG